AUGCCUGAAGUGAGGGAGAAGGUAUUUGACCCUGAUCCAAACAAAGCAUUCACUAAGGCUAAGCUGGCCAAACUCAGGGAAAACGGCAUAAAUUGUUCAAAUGCGGAAGUGGAAAACGAUGCUUCUGCCAGUUUGGGGAAGUUUCCUUCGGAUGACAGUGCUUUCAACAAAGACUUCUCCAUACUACCAGUAUUUGUUCCAACAGAUACCCUAGAUCAUACUCAAAAGUGCAGGAAGUCAACCAAAAAAUCUGUUGAUGGUGACGCUAUUGCUGAGAUGUCAAGUUCGAAAGGACUUCGAAUGGUUUCAUUUGUGCACGAUAUGGAAGUUAGCAGAGCUGGCGAAGGAGAUGUUGUUUAUCUUAGAGCUUUAUGUUGGGCAUCUUAUAGAAAAUGUGUCAAGUACAAAGUUCGAAUGAUUGUAAACCCACGAGGAAGUCCAAAAAUCGUAGCAGCAGAGUGUGACAAAAUUUGUCCUGCUGGACGAAGUGGAUGUUGUUGCCAUGUGAUGGCUGUAAUCUGGAAGUUAGAUGAAAUGUCCAGAAAUAGCAAAUUGCAAAAGCCUACACAGGAUGAUCGUGCAUGUACUUCCAAACCUAGGAAGUGGGGUAUCCCUGGUAGGAGAGAAGUAGAGCAUGAAGCUGUGAUGGCUUCUAAGCUUGUCAAGCCAAGACAUAUUUUAGAUACACCUGGCAGAAAGAGGAGGGGUGUAUUCCCUACCUUAUUUGAUCCACGCCCCAGCAAAUAUAGAAAGCUAUCUCCAGAAUCAGUUGAGAAAUUUAGAGAUAAUUUAAGUGCAACAAAUCCAAGUAUUCCUUUUGCUAAAAUGACCCCUAAUUCUAAUGAUAUUAUUCUUGUAGAUUCUAUAGUUGGUUUAAUUGCAAAAGGUUCUGUACUUGACUUACAACUUAAGGAUUUCAGUAACAAGACCAAUGAGAGUAAACAGUCUGCUCAAGGAAAAAGCACAUCUGUACUGCAUCCUAAAACUUUAAUGAACUCAAAUGUGUCUUCCAACACAUUCUCUAAAACACAUGAUACAAGUAAGAGUUUUGAUACUGCAAAAAAUACUCAGGAAAUUUCACAGGGAAAAUAUCAUAUAAUAUCUCCACCAAAGCAACAACCACUUAGCCUAGAUGAAAUAAGUGAACGGUGUAAGAAAAUUAAGUGUAAACUUUUUGUGUCAGAAAAUGAAAUAAAAAAAAUAGAAAAAGAGACCCGGGGGCAAUCUGAUAAUCCGAAGUGGUUUGCCUACAGAUUUGGCCGAGUUACAGCUUCAAAAUGCCACAGGGUGGCUUGUCCACAUAAGUCUAGCACUUCACCUUCCAAAAUUGUAAAAGAGGUUUUAAACUACAACCCUAGUGUCCAAACAAAUGCUAUGAGGGAUGGAAUUAAAAAGAAAAACUAG